AUGAAUCAAAACAUUCUUGUUCCAAAGGCUCGAUCAACAUCAACUUCAUUAGCAAUAGCGACGACAAACAAGAAGAAAUGCCGUGGCGAUCGGAAACGACAACGUUAUCGGCGGCAACUUUAUACUCAAGGUUUAGGUUCAACGAUGGUAGAUAAAUUAGUCGACGAAAAAUUCUCUUCUCAAGCACAUUCACAAGAGCACCUCUGCAAUGAUGCAGUAGAGCUUCAAGAAUCAGACAUCCGCAAUAUCGACGCCUUCAUACCACUGGAUCGAGUGGUAUUGCCAGAUUCAGAUAGUGACGACAGUGAUGAUAGCAUGAAGAUGGCUCCCAAAAGAAAAAGAUUUAUAUUAACACCAACACCAACAUCAGAAACAACAACAAUACUUGACGAACCGAUACGUCACUUAUCAUUAUCACAAGGAGAUGCUAAGAGAACAAGAACAACAAUAACAACAACAUCAAUAGACAGAGGAUCGAAUGAUGAGAUGAGUCAACCCUCGAUGAGUUACAUGGAAAAGUAUCUACCGCGUUAUUUGAAAGUAUCUGAUCGAGUAUUUAAACAAAUACUGUCAAAUACUGUUCAUGAUGGUAACCAACUUACUCGAUGCUUAGAUACUCCCGAAAAACUACAUCUUGUUCGCCAAUUAAGUGAACUUACCAGUACUCUCUAUUUCAAAGAUUUACAGCGACAAUUAUGGCAAGAAUAUCAUAAUAUAAGCUCCAAAGAUGACAUGUGGGAAUCAACACUAACGAAGCAAUAUGCUCAUCAACAUAAUACAUGUCGGAUGUACAGGCCACAAAAGACUUACAUUGAACAACGUCGAAAGACAAUUGAACAUCAGUUGCAUCAAAUAGGUAAUGAACUACGUCAAUACUUAAUCAAACUACAACAGAAUGCUGCACAAUGGCAAUCAUCGAUUGAUCCGAAUACGAUCUCAGACGCAAUCAAUGAGUGUGUUAAAAGGGGCCAACAACGAUUGAAAGAUGAAUUUUAUCACAAAAAAGAGAUGUUAAAACUGGACUGGGAUGAUCACUAUUUUAUUAUUAAGUUUUAUGAUUUAAAACCAAAUGAAGAACUUAUUGAAUUGGCCAAAGAGAUUUGGCAAGCAACAG